CUUCCAUCUCCACGGUCUCAUGGCUCCAAGCCCACCCUUAGAAAACAAAAACCCGACCACGAGGAAAAUUUAAAAUUUAAGAAUGAAAACCCCACUCUCACCGACACACCUGAACAAAGAAACCACCACCACGCCCAAGCAAAACACAGAAUCCCUCAACGCCGCAGUAAAAAAACCUCACACAACAGGCAGAUCUGAGCCAAACCCCACCUCCCUAGGCCUCCUCACGCACCAGACCCCUCUUUCAGCAGUCAAAAAUCCCCCAACAAACCCUCGAUCCAGUGCUAGCAGCAAGAAAAAAGGCGCAGCUGGGGUUAAAACCCUAGUCCGCGCAGCCCUUCCAAAGCAUCGCCCAGCAGGGCCAUCCGACUAAAAAACAUACCGUGUUUAAGAAUCUUCGACAGCUCUUCUGUAUUUUUACAGAUAAUUUCAUCAUUCUCUUGUUCUUCACCUCAAGUCACAAUCAUGUCUACCCACGAUGCAUUCUACACGCUUCCUGAUUCUCUUGUUGCUUUCAUACUAUCAAAAAUGCCAAUAAAAGACGCUGUCAAAUCUUCUAUUCUUUCCAAGAGGUGGAGGUUUCUCUAUACUCAAAUGCCUCAACUCACUUUCACUCCACAUGAUAUUUUCGGGCCUACUUGCUCUUCUCGCUAUCCGCUCAUCAGGCCAAGCGUUGAGCAAAUUAUUUCCAACAUCUUGGUUCUGCACUCAGGCAAUCUGGAGGCCUUUCACCUCCAUGGCACCAGGUUUGAUUUUAUCAACCGGCGGGAAUUCUCUCAUGACAGUGUGUGCAAAUGGGUAAGGUAUGCAUCUUGGUGUAAUGUCAAACACCUCACUCUUUUUGAUUGCAACACGCACGAUGCAUUAAAAGAAAUGCUACCCCCUGCCCUCUUUUCAUGUACGCAUCUGGUAACAUUACGUCUGCGCAACUACUUUCUCACCAGCUUUCCGAUUAAUUUCAUUGGAUUCCCUCACCUCAUUACUUGUGAACUCCGUGAUGUUCAAUUGACAGAUGGAUUUUUAGUCUCAUUGAUUUCCCUCUGCCCCCUUCUGCAAAAACUUGAAGCAAUAAGACACGCUGGGCUAGAUAACGCCGCAAUUUUUUCAUCCACUAUUGAACAUUUGUAUUUAGAAAGCGUAAAAUCUCUGUCUGUUAACUGCCCCAAACUCAAAAUUCUGUCGGGGUACAGGAUUGAGAAUUUGAGUGUGAAUGGUGUAAGGUUUUAUGAGCUUUCUUUUGCCAUCUCAAAUGUAGAAAUGCACUGUGGAGGUACUCUGAGGAAAUUGACCAUGUGUUUCUCACAAGGACAACGAAACAAUCCAGGAAUUAUUUCAGCGAGCAGAUUUCUUCACAUCAUGGGCAACUUCCAGUCCUUGAAGACACUUGUCAUACACAUGUCCAAUCCCUUUGAAAGGGAACCAGAUAUGGAUGUUUAUGUAUUUAACCUACUUCACAAGCUUCCAAAUCUUCAGGAGCUCUCUAUAUCGGGCUUAUUUGUUCAGGAGUUGGCAAGAGACCCUAUACCUGUUUGCCUCACCCCUCCACAUCUUUAUCUCAAGAAAGUACGCAUAGGACUUUGUGGGUUUGACCUUGACAAUAAAGAAGUUGCAGUAAUAAGUUGCUUGCUUCAGAGUAUGCCCUCUCUUGAAUUAUUGGAAAUUCAGCUGCCUGAUGUAUAUGAUGAUGAUGAUGGUCAAAUAUUUAUUGAUGACGGUCAAUGUUUGAAGCUCCUGAAAGAUAUUUUGUAUAUGAGGAGAGCAUCCUUACUGGCAAGGAUAGUUGUACUAGAUUAGUAAAGUGUAACUGUAAACUAUGGCCUUUGAACUGAAUGUGUCCUCUGUAAUACUCUGUUUAUGGUAUUUGAUUACAUACUCUUUCUUGCUUUA